AUGUUGACGCGACUUUUCAGCGAGCCCAGCCUGGUCCCCGAGGUCCCGAAAUUCGCCGGUUGGGCCGAGGAGUGCGAGGAGGAUGCGCGGAGCGAGAAGGAAGAACGGGCAGGGAAGGGCUGCGCCCCCCCCGAGGAACCGCCCGAGGGGUCGCUGGGGGAAAGCAAAGAGGAAGGGGAGUUAGGAGGGGACGAGGAGGAGGAGGAGGAGGAGGAGGAAGGCCUGGAGGAAGCGGAGGGUGAACGACCCAAGAAGCGGGGUCCCAAAAAACGCAAGAUGACCAAGGCGCGGCUGGAACGGUCCAAGCUGCGGCGGCAGAAGGCGAACGCCCGGGAGCGGAACCGAAUGCACGAUCUGAACGCGGCCCUGGACAACCUGCGCAAAGUGGUUCCUUGUUACUCCAAAACCCAAAAGCUCUCCAAAAUCGAGACCCUUCGCUUGGCCAAGAACUACAUCUGGGCUCUCUCCGAGAUCCUGCGCUCGGGCAAGCGGCCCGACCUGGUCUCCUACGUGCAGACUCUGUGCAAGGGGCUCUCCCAGCCCACCACCAACCUGGUGGCCGGUUGCCUCCAACUCAAUUCCCGUAAUUUCCUCACGGAGCAAGGCCAAGAAGGGGGUCGUUUUCACGGUCCCAACGCUUCCUUCGCCGUUCACCCUUACCCGUACCCCUGCUCGCGGCUGGCCGCGGCGCAGUGCCCACCCGCCGCCGGGCCCGGUGCCCACGGGUUGAGGACACACAGCUACUGCUCGUCCGCCUACGAGAGCAUCUACGGCAACGCCUCCCCCGAUUACAACAGCUCGGAGUACGACGGGGGGCUCAGCCCCCCCCUCUGCAUCAACGGCAACUUCUCCCUCAAGCAGGACUCUUCUUCCCCCGACCACGACAAAAGCUACCACUACUCUAUGCACUACUCGGCGCUGCCCGGUUCCCGCCCCACCGGCCACAACCUGGUCUUCGGUUCGGCGGGGGUACGCGGGGGGGUCCACUCCGAGAACAUCUUCCCCUACGACAUGCACCUCCCGCAUGAGCGGGGCCCCAUGUACGAGGAGCUCAACGCCUUCUUCCACAACUGA